UCUUGAUCCAUAAACUUUGUUAAAGAUUUUUGCGAGUUGUAAAGAAUUCGUUUUAUUUGUAUUAAUAAUCUGUGUACUGUAUAAUUUCCGGAAUAAACUGAAAUGCACUCCAUUACUUUUUGGAGUAAACAAUAAUUGUUACGUCAGUAUAUAUUGCCGUCAACAAUCGGAAACAACAGCUGUAAAUAGCUUGUAGAAGAUGUGCGUCGUAGACGAGAUACUUUAGUAGCUGACAACUUAAGGGGCAGUUUAUUAAUUGACUACAUAUUCAGUGUAAUUAAUCAUUCUAGACUCCUGUUCGCUGAUAAUAUCAAAAUCUUUCGUGCCACAGAAUCUCCUAACGACUGCAAUGAAUUCAAACUGACAUUGACUCAUUACAAGGUUGGUGUACUGCUAACUUCAUGAAACUCAAAAUUAAUAAAACCAGAGUAAUUUCCUUCUCAAGAAAAAAGUUCUACUUUGAUAUUCGAUUAUAAACUUUUUCAGUCCUUUGUAACACGCACCGACGCUAUUAAAAACCUAGGAAUACGAUUUGUUGACUCUAAGCUCUCAGCCAUGUUGACUACAUAUUAGCAUUGCCAUUGAACCGUUUUUUGCAGCAAGAGUUUGUUGUGCUUCAAAUACUGUCUGCAUUUAUGCUAAAUAUUUCCAUUUUUACAGGAAUACGAGAAGAAUCUCGUGAUUAAGUUCAUAACUACUUUAAUCGGAAGAUGAUCUAAAAAUAUUUAAGACUUCCAAAUAAUCACUACUUACAAUGUAAAGGGGGGGUUCACACGGAGUCGUGGACCGGAGGUCGUGCUCACUACCGAGUGGUUCUUGCACAGUUGGUAGUAUACGACCUUGAAGACAGCGGUCGUAACCACUCCGGCAUAGAGUGAUGACGACCAUGUCAGUCUGUAAAGGUACUACUCUCCUGACACUGCCUCAUGAGGUGUGCAGUAGCCCUAACCUCAGUCCUCAGUUAGUGGCUUUAUCUCUGACCUGGUGCUUGACUGGACUUGGAGUAAAGUAGUUAAAUUUUUCUACAUUGUGUGCAAGCGACAUUAGAUAGAAUUAUAACUGUAUGGAACUUUUUUAUUUUACAAUACCCAUCACAGGCACCAUGGGUCAGAUGCGUUAAGGGAUAAUAAUGGUCAGACUUAAUGAACCUAACUUUGAAGUUAUUCACGUUGGUGUCUUUCUUGCGGUUGCUAUUGAAAUGCUUAUUGUGUUGCAGGUAUUGGUUAUUCCGGUCAUGGGGCCGCAUAGGCACCACAAUCGGAGGCAAGAAGUUAGAGGAAGUUCAAACCUUGAAAAAUGCACUUCAAAUCUUUGAGAGCAUGUACGAGGAAAAGACGGGAAACAUGUGGUUCGAUAGAAACAAUUUUCAGAAAGUUCCUGGACGUUUCUACCCUGUCGACUUAGACUAUACUCAGGAAGAUGAUGAAACCUUACUGCAGGCAGGAAGUUCCAGUAUCACAUGUAAACUUUUGCCACCUAUGCAAGAGUUGGUACAACUGGUAUUUGAUGUGAAUUUGAUGGAACAUGUUGUGCUGGAAUUUGAGUUGGACUUACAGAAGAUGCCUCUGGGGAAAUUAAGCAAGAAGCAGAUCCAGCAAGCAUAUAGUGUCUUGACAGACAUGCAAGAAUUAAUCAAGAAUGGUGGAUCUGAUAGCCGUUUCAUUGAUGCCUCAAACCGAUUUUACACUCUCAUCCCACAUGAUUUUGGUGUAGAAAAUCCACCAGUACUAAAGUCUGAGGAAAUGAUUAAGCAAAAGACAGAGAUGUUGGACAGCCUCAUGGAAGUAGAGAGUGCAUACAAGUUGCAGAAAGGUGAUGCUGAUGGUAAUGUGCACCCUCUGGGUGCUCAUUAUGCUAAGCUCAAUACCGACAUCUAGGUACUGGACAAAAACACUGAUGAGUUUGAGCUGCUGAAACAGUAUGUUAAGAACACUCACGCAACAACACACACUCAUUAUGACCUGGAGAUUUUGGAGGUGUUCAAGCUUAAGCGCAGUGGAGAAGAAAAAAGGUACAAACCUUUCAAAAAGUUACACAACCGGAAGCUGCUGUGGCAUGGAUCUCGUCUAACUAACUUUGCAGGCAUUUUGUCUCAGGGUUUGCGAAUUGCUCCACCAGAAGCACCAGUUACAGGUUAUAUGUUUGGUAAGGGGAUCUACUUUGCAGACAUGGUGUCCAAGUCUGCCAACUACUGCUGCACUUCUCCAAACAAUUCAGUUGGGUUGCUUCUCCUGUGUGAAGUUGCUUUAGGAAAUAUGUAA